GCGGCUCUUUUCGAAAUGUGAUAUGUGAAGCACGCAGUCUGGUCGACGCUGCCCACCGCACCUCCAUACCAGCAAGCGGAUCUAUUUGCAUCGAUUCAAAAAAGACAUCUGGUCUUGACUGCUUUCCCAGAGGAGAUGGCGUUCGCCAGGGUCCUGUUCCUGCUGCUGCUGACCGCUGCGGCAGAGGGCCAAGAAGGCGAGGACUCGCCGGCGGCAGCGCUCCCUGCGGGUUGCAGCUGGGGCCUGGGGCGGCCCUACACCCUCCUGUGCGACCUGGACACUGCCUGGGGCGUGGUGGUGGCGAGUGUGGCGGCGUGCGGAACUCUGGUGACCGUCUUGUUGACCUCGGUCCUGCUGUGCCGCCUGCGGCGCAUCGGCGAGGCAGAGAAGCGCAGUGGCGUGGGGCCCAUCCUGCUACUGCUCCUGGGCGUGGCGGGCUUGUUCGGCCUGAGCUUUGCCUACCUGAUCGAGCGUGACGAGUUGCUGUGCGUGCUGCGACGGGCCCUGUGGGGGCUCCUGUUCGCCCUUUGCUUCUCCUGCCUGCUGGUGCAGGGGGUGCGCCUGCGCCGCGUGGGGCGCGAGCACCGCGGCCCGGGCAGCUGCGCCCUGACGGGCCUGGCCUUGGGCCUGAGCGCCGUGCAGGGCAUCAUCGCUGCCGAGUGGCUCCUCCUGACCGUGCUGAGGGAGGGCCGGGCCGCCUGUGAGUACCUGCCCAUGGACUUCUCGUUGGCCUGCAGCUACGUGCUAGCGCUGCUGCUGGCCGCCGCUGCCGCCGCUGCGCUGGCCCUGUGCGGCAAGAUGCGGCGCUGGCGCUGCAACGCUGUCUGGCUGCUGGUCACCUGCCUCCUGUCCCUGCUGCUGUGGGCGGCCUGGGUGGGCUUCUACCUCUACGGCAACGCCUGGCUGAGCAAGUCGCCGGAAUGGGACGAGCCAGCGCUGGCCGUGGCCCUGGUGGCCCAGGGUUGGCUGCUGCUGGUCUUCCACGCCAUUCCCGAGGCGCACGUGUGCCUGAAGCCGCCGCCGCAGCCCACCGUGCCAGAUUACUUUGACACGUCGCAGAACUCAACCCGGAUGAGGGAGACCAGCUUCGACGAUGACAUCCCGCUUUCGCACAGGCAGUUUGUGGAGAACCAAGGCUUCGGAUACAACGACGACAACGCUGCAGGCCUGAGAAGUGGUGGCGGGCAGCACAACAGCAACACGGGCGCCAGCAGGCCCAGCGCGCCCUUCCGCAGCAACGUCUACCAGCCCACCGAGAUGACCAUGAUCCUCAACGGGGGGGCGGUACCCUCGGCCCCUCCCACCUACACGGGGAGGCAGCUGUGGUGAGCGGAUCGUACGGACGAGGGGGCGGCGCAGUUUCCCAGGGGAGGCGAGCGUACUUCAAAAAAAUAAAUACACAGAUGCCGCUUUUACUUUAUACAGAUGGCGUGCCAAUCAAAUAAGGAGGCCAUGGAGGACAGAGCUAUAUGUCUCAUAAAGCGAGGCUUUUUCUUUGGCGUGACUGCAGCACUGUAAGCAUCCUUCAAACUGUGAACAUCCUUCAUUUGGCUCUGUCCUCCAUCACUGUGUCAACGACAACAACUCCCCCCUGUUUUUUUUUUUUUGCAUGAACAUGAAAUAUGACAAUGAAAAAGCACAACCUGCAUACAAGCACUGGAAGCAAGCAUCCCAACUGGCGCAUCACUGAAUGGAGGCCAAACACCAGGCCACUUUGAAACAGGGGAGGAAAAGAGCGUUUCUGCAAGAAAACAAGACAAGGUUUCGAGCCAUUUGCAGUGCAGGUUGGAAAACGGAAGGAGGGAGAGUACAACAGUGAAAUCAUCCUUCCUCUGAGUGGGAGCUGCUUCCUCUUGCUCUCUUCCUCCUGGUCCUGGCGUCUGGAUGUUGCACCACGCUGCUUCUUCAUUCUGUCCUCCUCCAAACUGUGGCACUGAUGCAGUACAUAUACAGACGACACAAAAACGCCAGGCUGCUUGUUGACUUUUCUCUGUCACGAAUGAACGGACCGGUGUUUCCCAACCUUUAGCGAGGCAAAUAGGCGUUAGAAAAAGCUCUCGAGACAACACCAAAUGGAAAAAAGAGGCGAGAGUGCAAAAGACAAGCCGCAGUUUGGGGUCAUCCGACGUGCGGCUUGCCUAUUGCGACAUCCAACUGGCUGGAGAACGUUUGUCAGCUAACGUACUCGAGCCAACUGCAAAGUGUGUACGGAAAUUGAAGAUAGAGCGAGCGAUGCCAUCCAGACCGUGGAUUGAAGAAGAGGAGACAGUACGUUAGCCGGCCGGCUCGCGGCCAGUCAUCUCUACAGUUUCAUUAGCUAACGUCCUCGUGGCAUCAAAGGAGUACACAUUCAAGGUCACAGAUGCAACGACGUACAACGGGCAACCGUAUCUAUGGCUCAAUCGCAGGCAGGGCUUUCGUUUUCAAACCCAUUUACUACGUACAGUCUGCUCGCUACUUGUGCGUUUCAUUUGGAACACAACCCGUUGUAGCUUCAGCCAUCUUGCCCGAAAACACUCAACUGUCCUACAUUCAUUCUAUACAAUUGCUAGCAAACAUCUUGGAUUCAAUCGAUCACGUUUGGGGAUCACUGGCUUCAGUGCACACGUUGUCGACUGCUAUUUUUAGUUGAAGUCUAUUUUUACAUGGUUGCUUUGCAUACACAAACGUUUUCUUUGGACAUUUUUGUAAGGUAAAAUAAUUUUAGGUCGCGGCAGUGGUAUUUUACAUUUUUUGUGCAUCUGAGGUAAAUAAAUAGCUAUGAAUAAAAAUGAGCACAACUUUAUGCAGUAAGCUAGACAAGAUUUCAAUACUGAUCAGUGUUUAUCCAAAAAAAAAACAGGCGCAGUGGAGCCUUCUCA